UCCAGUUACAGUCCUCCCCGGCCAGACGAGCGGCCGCUUGGAGCUUCUCUUCCCCAUAACACGAUAACGCCAUCGGCGGCUUCACAACGAUGCUGCUCAAGUUCCAGGAUCUUGCAAGGUGUUUCAUCGGAUCGGAACGUGCAGCCGCAUCGGCCAUCAAGACAUGCGCAGCUCCCUCCUUGCCGGCGCCGGCGACAGUGUCCCUGCCGGACAACGAGGAUCUCCUCCGUGAGAUCCUCCUCCGCCUGCCGCCACUCCCUUCCUCCCUCCCCCGCGCCUCCCUCGUCUGCAAACGCUGGCGCCGCCUCGUCUCCGACGCCGGCUUCCUCCGCCGCUUCCGGGAACACCACAGGACACCUCCCCUGCUCGGCUACUUCUUCAACGACCAUCGCGGACCCGUCUUCACCCCCACGCUGGCCCCGCCAAACUCCAUCCCGCCCGCGCGCUUCUCCCUGCCGCAGCAGCAACCAGCCGGCGAGCGCCUGUUCUUCCUCGGCUGCCGCCACGGCCUCGCCCUCCUCAUCAACCGGAGACGCCUCGAGGCCAUCGUGUGGGAUCCCGUCACCAACCGCCAGGCCACCGUGGCGUAUCCGUCGGAGUUCACCACCGACAAUGGGGCGCACUGCUGCCGUGGCGCCGUGCUGAGCGGCGGCGGCGGCGGCGGCGGUGAUGGCGAUGCCCUUGUGCCCGGUGGUGAUGAUGGCCACUUGAUGAGGCCCUUUAAGGUGAUCUUAAUACGCACGGAGAUAAACCAUGAUCAUGCAAGUGUGUUCAUCAUGUGCGUCUACGAAUCGGGGACCGGAAAAUGGGGCAAUACCAUCUCAACUACCAUUCUAUCUCCUUUCUCCAAUCUACCCAAUGUCUUGAUUGGAAAUGCGGUACUCUGUGGGUUUUUCCAGUGGUCAAACGGCUUCCUUGAACUUGAUUUGGAUAGGCAGCGCCUAGGUGUCAUUGAGACACCAGUGAGCCUCCAUUCUGUUGAUAGUUCAAUAUCCCGGGUUGUGCGGACACAAGAUAGAGGGCUUGGCCUUGCAAUUUUGUCGAGGUUUAGCAUCCAGAUGUGGGGGAGGAAGGCCGAUUCAGGUGGUGUUGUUGGAUGGGUGCUGCAGAAAACAAUUCAAGUAGACAAGCUCCUUUCGCUACCGCCUUCGAUGGACAGUUUGCCAGCAAGGAUACUGGGGUACGAUGAGGAUAGCAAUGCAAUUCAUCUGUCAACUUCUACUGGUGCCUUCGCUAUCCAACUUGAAUCAAUGCAAUUCAGGGAGCUUUUCAAUGUCUAUCGGAUUGGUUCAUAUUAUUCAUGUCAUCCUUACGCAAGUUUCUAUACUGCAGGUUGGGGAAUCGGUGAGGGAGAUAACAGAACAUAAAUAUUGAAUAACACAUGAGAAGAUUGUCCCAUUAUAUAUGCAAAUUCUUGUGUUGUUAAAACAUGUGAUUGUUUCUUUUC